CAGCACAAACUAUGUCAGAGGUCAAGGGUUGACAUCCGGGGAGUCGACGCAAGCCAAAGUGAAACGCCAAGGAGAGCUGUGGUGCUUGGUGAGAAAGAUUGAUGCGUCUUGAGAAGCUGGUGGGGGAAAAGUACGCUGCAAGUUGUUUAUGUGUUUCCUGAUCAGAAGGCAGUAGCAUAAAAGCAAAAAAAAUGUUAGCCAAGACACGAAAAACUACAGAUCCUGCAAGAUUUCAAGGCCAUGGAAUCAGCUACAGAGCUAAGCUGAUUGGGUCUGAGGAUGUUCCAGAAGCUCGUGGAGAUAAAAUGUGUCAGGAAGCCAUCUUUAAGUUAAAAACUGCUGUUCGAAUAUCUGGUCAACACAAGCAAAAGAUUUUUGUUAAUGUCACUUUAGAGGGGCUCAGGAUCAUAGAUGCAACUGCUAUGACUGUACAGCACACCCACCCAGUUCAUCAGAUCUCCUUCAUUUCUAGAGAUACAACAGAUAGUCGAGCAUUUGGCUACAUUUUUGGGCCAGGUGAUGGCACUCACAAAUUCUUUGGCAUCAAAACAGCAAGCGCGGCAGAGAACUUGGUGCUAACCCUGCGAGACCUUUUCCAGACAGUGUACGAGAUGAAAAAGCAAGAAAUAGAGGAAGCCAAAUCAAAGGUGGCUGCAGCUGAAGAAAAAUUAGAAGAAAGCAGCAAACCUGAAAUUGACACCACUUACCAAGUGCCACCAAAUGGAGCUCCUGCUGAAUCAUCAGAAAGUAUCUACCAGGUGCCUAAAAACAAUGCACCUGUUAAUCCAGAACAAGAGGAAGUUGUUGCCAAUUUGCUGGAUCUAGAGGAUCAGGCGGACCACAUCUUAAAAGGAAUUGAACAGAUUAAAAAUCUGGAGUUUGAUGAACUGCGGGAGGAGGAGCAGGCCACUGUUAAGACACCUGUGUUGAGCACUACAGAUCCUUGGGGGAUGUCCACCACAGCAGCUUCAGCAGGACCACUGCCAGCAUCUUCUUCCCUUUCAGAUCUGGAACAGCUGCAGACUCCCUCAUCAAACCCUCUUGGAGUCAUGGGAUCAUUUGGAGGCAUGGCAAUGUUUCCUGGAACUCCAGUUCCAAGUGUGGGCAUCACUGCUGGAGGUAGCCCAUUUGGUCUGGUGCAGCCUGGGGUUUUACCAUUACAAGGACAACAGCCCAUUGUAGGGUCACCAGCAGGACUACCAGUUGCUAGAGAUCCUUUUGGUGAUGACCCUUUUGGUUCAUCGGCAUCCCAGCCAACACAUUCACCAGUGGGCAUGGGUGUAGCUCCACAGCAAGGCUUUAACCUCAACAAUCCAUUUGCCGUUGGUCCUAGAUCAACAUUCCCAGGUCUUCGUCAGCCCAUGCCUGCACCUCCACCAUAUGGCAUGCCUGGAGUCAUGCCAGGAGUCAUGCCUGGAGUCAUGCCAGGAGUCAUGCCAGGAGUCAUGCCAGGAAUCAUGCCAUUUGGCAUGGCAUCUCCUGCAAUGGGGUUUGGACCCAUGGCAGGCCCUGCAGCAAGGCUGGGGCCACCAGCAGCACCACCAGUGGCAGCAGACCCCUUCCUAGCCAACAGCAAUCUGCUGCAGCCUAUCCGCCAAGCCAGCCAAGUUGAGGAAGAGAAGCCAGCCACAGCUGCUGCCAAGCGCCCUGGCCUCUUUGAGGAUCUGGUAGAUAUAAAGACCUCAAACACCAAGACCCCUAAAGAUUUGUUCAAGGACCUGAACGCACCACCCAAGAGGAGCUUGAACGAGAUCAAGGCUGAAGUUGGUCAGCCAUCCACAUCUGAUGCCAGCAAGGCAAGUGACAGCUUGGAAGAAGCUUUUUUUGUUGACCCCUUUGGCACAUUGGAUGCAGUGCUGCAUAGUGCUGCGUCUGAAGAAAAUGAUCCCUUUGAUACCUGUCCUACUCUUCCUCCCUCAGAACCACCACCACCUCUUCCUUAUGUUGCACCACUUCGCCCACCUCCUGCUCCACCUGAUCGUAUACCCCAUCCUGCCAGAAGUGAGGAAGAGAGUUAUGCCACAGGAGAUCAGCUCAAAGAAUCUUCACCAGAAGACAGGUUUGACAUGCCUAGUGAGCCACCACCACCUCUUCCCUCGCACUUGCAUUUUCAAGCUUUACCUCCCCCUCCACCUCCUCGGCUGCCACCCAGAGAGCCUCUAGUACCUAACCAGUCCCAAACCUCUUCUUCUGUUUCAAUUGAGGCUGCUUCAUCUGUAUCUACACCUUUUCCACCAUCCCAGAGUCCCUGUGUGAACACAUCUUCCUCUGUAAUCAUAGAUCAUUUUACUUCUUACACUUGGCUACAAUCUGAUGUCUGUAACUUACCAGCUGAUAGUUCCUUAAGAACAUCUAAUACUUCUCCUGUGGCAAACCAAGACUCCACACUGUCCCUGACCUCCAGGCAGCAAAGUUUAAGUAAUAAAACAGCAGACAGUGUUGAUGAUGACCCUUUUGGUGUACCACUUAGGUCCAAAAAAAGCCACUCAUCUUCGUUAGAUGGUGCUAAAAAGUCAAGUCAGACUUUGACAAAUCUGUUUACUUCCAUGAUGGAUCCCUUCGGAUUCCCACUAUCUGAGAAGAUCAACACAGUACAAAAUUCAAAAGUUGACAGUGUUGCAUUUGACAUUCAGAGUGAGUCAGCCAUUUCAGCCCCAUCGCAAAACAAAUGGGAGCACUUCACUGACACUCCAGUAGACAGAGUUUCUUGUGGUCUGAAAGCCUUUGAUGUGAAAGAUUCUUCUGUUGUGUCUUCAGAUAGAGACUGGGCAGCAGCUUCUCCAUUUACUGACAGCUUUCUUAUUCCAAGUUCUGCAUCUAUAAAUGGAGAGGCAAAGUCAUGAAAGGACUUUCCUGAGCAACUUUCGAAGACCAAAGACCAGAAUCAUAGAGAACCACAGGAUGGACAUAAACUGUUUAAAUGGGGAUUUUAUGCCCAGGUCAUGGAAAAUUAUUUGCAGAAAUGAUUCCAUCAUUGUACAUAAAAGCAGUAAAAUUUUGUUACAGUGGUGAAGUGCAUAAUUUAUCUUCCAGGUAAUUUAGUUUUACCAUCACAAGCAAGUAUGUAUGAUGUGGCUGUAUUUGGCUUAAAUGCUUUUACAAUUUUUUUUAAGAAUUAAAGGUGUAUCCAAUUAUUCUUGAUUUUUUUUUCCUUCAUAAUGUUACAUUUCUUAUCAGAAGAAUGCAUGUGCAAUUUUAACAGACAAGUUUGUAGCUUCCCAAACUAUUUCUUUCUUGAGAAUAUGCCUGAAAUACUUGCCUUUUUAAAUGCUAAUACAUUUCAUGGAUACUUAAGAGACAGAAAUGAAUGACUUGAUACUUUUUGAAACAAAAAAUCCACGUCAUAUCAGAUCUUGAUAAAAUUUCUGUAUAAACUUUACCAUUAGACAUGUUCAAGCUUAUAGAAAGUUGAAGUUCAAGGCUGUUACAAGAAACAUACUGUUUAGCCAAAUCUUUUUGUCCAUGUCCGAAAAGUGAUCCUUAAAAACUGUAGAUGUGAAACGAGUUAUUGUAUUGCAGCAAGUGUUCUUUUAUCUAUUUUUAAUUCCUUUCCAUUUUAUCUUGCACUGUGCAAUAUAUCUGUAUGAACAAACUUUUCUUUAUCUAAUAUCAGUUUAAAUCAUUUUGAAAAGACACAGUGGAAUACCAUAUCAAGUGAUUAUUUUUGUACAUAAGUGCAUCCUCUGGCCCCUCACAUAGUCUGACCUUCAGAAAUCUCUUCCUUUUUGAAGACAAAGGAGGUUCAUCAAAUAGAAAAAAAAGCAACUUUUAUUUUACAGUUUGGAGAUUUCGAGUCAUUCUUACCUUUCACACUGUUUUUGAAAGGUAUUAUUAUUCUACAAAAUACUUUAAAAUUACUUUGUCCUGUAUAUUUAGCAUCACAUUUUAUUUUUUUGUUGCGAUGUAUGUAGAUGGAUUGGUUCGUCAUGCCCAAAACACAUACAUCUUAACCUAUAUUAAUGUGUUCUCAUGAUUUUGUAAUCUUCACAUGGACUUCAAGCUCCUGUUUACAUAUAUGACUAUUGAUAUGAAUGCUGGUGCAUGUUGGCAACAGAAGAGUUGAAAGGAAAAAUAUGCAUCAACCUUUAAGCUUCAAUACAAGUUGAAGCUGAGUUCUGAAUGGUGUAGUGAAAAGGCUUGAAAUACUAUUUAAACAGUUUCUGUGAAAGUUGUUCUUAAUCUAUUUAAUUACUAUUUUCAUUUUGUUUCCUGGAUGUUCCAGAUCUUUCAUCCUUUUUAUUUUUGAUGUGUGAUAUUAUGCUUGAUUUUAUAUAAGAUGGUCAUAUCACAUGGCAUGAAUUUUCUGCAAGACAGUUCCUAAAAAAGUUAUUUCAACUUGCAGACAUCUGAAAGUAUGUUUUAAUGACAUUCUGACAAGGUUAUUCUUAAAGAAUUGGUGACUACAAACAAAAGAGAGAAGAAAACUAUACAGUUUUACAAGUUCUUUGUAUAAUUAUAUUUGUAAGUUGCAAAAGUUGAUGAGCAUCAUAAGAUUAUUUUGAAAUCAUAAUCAUUUUUUUAAAACAGCAUUUAAAAGCUUGGUUGUUUUUUAUGCUCAUACACUUUGGACUGCUAACAAUAGGUAUAUGAUGGUGAACUGUCAGACCUGUCUUGAUUAUUCCUGGUACAUUGUUUUUUAAGUCAUAUCCAUUAUAUCUUAGUCGAAGCAAAAUGAGUGCCGGUGUAAUGCAAUCCGUUUCUAAUGAAAUGAAAUAAUCAGUUGUAUUUACCAUGUGCUGCAGGAAGCAUGGUCACCUUGUAAAGGCCCUUCAUUUUGCAUGCUCUUCCUUAAUUUCAGCACUAUGCACAGAAGAUCAAUCUGUUCGAAGUUUCAAAGGCUUAUCAUAAUCAUUUUUCAUAUCUGCUUCUGAUGCACAGUGUCUUUCAGUAUGUUUAUAACAACCUGUUUAAACUUUUCCAUUUGUCAUACUCUCACAAUAAAUUAUAUUUAAUCAAAUUUUGUUAAUUUUUAAACUUUUUAUAAGCCUUUUUAUUCCUGUUACAUCUAAAGAGGGCUAUUUAGUUUUGUUUUGCAAAAUUCAAAUGCAGCAUUUUAAAGGUUUUGAUGGCUUUUGUGAAAAGUGUUGUGUUUAAAUUACACCCUUCCCCUCCACCUCAAACAAUACCCAAAAUGAUGAUUAACAUGUCUAAACAGAUGGUAGGGGUGGAGAUACAGUGUAAGCAAACUUCCUCCCCUCACUCAUAUAGAAGCAUUAUAUAUCCAUUACAGGCCUAAAGUACUGUUAAAAGCCCCAUCUCAGGUGCUUAGAUCUUCCCAAGCUUGUGCUAAUAGAUUAAAGUCUUGGGGCAUUGCUCCCAUUACAUUUUAUCACCCAAAUUUCCAUAAACAGCUUGUUUGCUGCUGUUAAAGUAUCAUCAGAUUUAAGUGGCCCUCCCUAAGAGAACUGCAAAAGGUUUGGUAUAUUUUAGUGGUUGCUGUAAAGAUUAGACAUAUAUACCCAUCAGUAUUAUUUUUCACUAGAUUUGUGUAUUAAGGGUAUAUGAAAGCAAAUAGAUGUAUAAAGUUGUGAAAAUGGAAGUGAAGUAUGAAUUCUUUUAGAAUGUGGCUUGAAGAGUUCUGAAAUUUGUGGCAGGUGCAUGGUUCAUUGCCUUUCACAGUUUCCCUAUUAAACAGUAAAAUAUGA